CCAACGCGCCUGGGAGGUUUGCUUAACAUCUUCCUCUCAGGAAGAACGAAAGGACGCCUGCGCUUCGUUUAGAGCCAGUGCACAUUGACCUUCGCUAUGGCUACACUUAAUAACAACCCUCGCGGUAACCAGGCCGUCGGCGUUUCCAGCGCUUUCACCGCUCUCGCCACCCUUACAGUACUCCUCCGCCUAUACACGCGUUUCUCACUAGUCAAAUGUGCCGGCUUAGAGGAUUACUUCAUUACACUGGCUAUGCUAUGUUCUAUUGGAUUGACAGUAUGCAUUGGCGUUCAGGCCGCGAAUGGGAUGGGACAACAUAUUAAAACCCUUGGAGACAAUGAGAUGCGCCAGUCGCUGAAAGCAUUCUGGGCAAGUCUCAUAGUCUACUACCUUUCACUUGGUCUCACCAAAACAUCGAUACUCCUUCAGUAUCGUCGGGUUUUCGCCACGACCUCCAGAACGUUCCACAUCGCGUUUUGGGCGGUUAUGGCCGUCGUCGUCUGCUACACCAUUUGGACUGAGAUGGUUAGCAUCUUUGCAUGCGUUCCGGUCCGCGCUUUCUGGACGAAAGAAACCGGCGCGAAAUGUAUCAAUCAAUUUGCCACAUGGUUCACGAACGCAGCGAUCAACAUCUUGACCGAUUUCGCACUCAUAAUACUACCGAUCCCCGUCAUUCGAAAUCUCAAUCUCGCUCGAAGACAAAAACAAGCCUUGAUUGGCAUCUUUGCAGUGGGUGGCUUGGUCUGUAUCGUCUCAAUUAUGCGACUGCAUUCACUCGUCAGAAUAUCCAACUCAGCGGAUCCGACUUACGACAAUCCUUCCCCCGCAACAUGGUCGUCUGUGGAAACCAACAUCGGCAUCAUCUGUUCGUGCCUCCCAUGCCUACGGCCGCUCAUCGUCCGCCUCGUGCCCGGAGUGUUCUCGUCAAAACAAUACAUGCAAAGCGCCAGUCGUACCAAUGCCUUCUCGCGCAGCACUAGGCGGAGAUCCGCUUUUCCUGUGGAUACAGCUAUACCACUUGAGUCGAAGAUCUCGCAUCGAUCGUCGAAUGAAGAAGGGCAUGGUGCAGAUGAAGAAGAGAAAGAUACUAGAAUACGCGUGCAGACUGAAGUUCAUAUCAGCUUCGACGAUGAUAAUGACCUCAAUGACAAGGAAUCGACUGUGAAGAGAGCAGACAGCUGUGAGAGUCUAAUAAUACAGGACCCGGCUAAGGCGGUCUGACGAAAAUUAUCGCUAUGUGAUUAUUGGCUCAGGUAGUUGCUUCUUACCACACAAUCAUAUUCUCGAGAGCUGAACCUGCUGGAGUCAAUCGGGCACGGG